UCCUGACCGUACCCGAGCAUAUAACUUGAGUAAAGGGUGAGUGUUUUGCGGUGUGGGGCUUAAAGCUGAAAAGGGGCAAGUAAACAAAAUCGAUGUUGCUGUAACAACAUCGAAAACAGGCAUUCUGAGUACAGCGAUAUAAAAUACAUCUCGUCGUAAGAUCAAGCUCUUUUUAUAUGUAAAUCUGGGUAUCGCUCAUUCAAAUCCUCCUACUACGUCACAUUCCAACAGCUCCCAGACGAAAUAUCUCAAGACGCCACCGGCCCAACCGACACCUUCUCCAUCUCCCUCCUCUGCAUCUCCAUCUCAGCAUACAUACUAAUCCUCUCCCUCCUCUUCCUCUCCGCUUCCAACUCCGCAAACCUCCCCCUGGCACCGUGCUUAAUCUUGGUGAUCAUAUCCGCCGCCUUCCCCCUCGUGAUAUCCCCCGGCUCAAGCGGAACCAGCUUCGACCUCAGCUUAUUCAAAAAUCUCAGCUGCCCCUCCGACGCCGGCGCCUUCCUCCACGGCAUCCUCUGUGAGAUAUAAAAGGGCGCAUAAAAUUCCGCCACAAACCUAUCACACCCAUGUACCGCAUCCCUAAAAUCCAUCGUCCUUAAUAUCUCCCUCGGCGCCGCCCACGGUGACUUCCCAUUCGAGAGAGCCCUCAUCACAUACCCCUUCCACAUCGUCUUUUUCUCUCCCUCCUCCUCUCCAUCUUUCCCGCGUGGGGUUUCAGCCACUUCCUUCUCCAACCGCAUCACAUCCCUAUCCGUGCUCAAAACGUACUUGUUCGGAUUCACCUGCACCCACGCAUUCUGACUAAUAGCCCUAAUAUGCUUCUCCCCCGCCGCAUCCGAGAUCAGGUCAAAAACAGAAUCAUACUCGGUAAACGCCACCUUGUAGCUCUCUCCCGUCGGACACGCCUUCUUGGCAGCCUUCGACAUCCUCUUCUCCCUCCCCUCCGCCGUCUCCUUCUUCUCUCCCCCCUCUCUCGCCAAAGCGAGAAGUUCCCCUCCCGUCUUCUCCGCAACCAACUCAUCCGGAUCCAGCCCAAACAGCGUCGGCGUGGUGAUGAUCCCCACGUCCAAACUCGCCACCAUGUCAAUAACAUGACAAUUCUCCUUCCCCUCAUGCAGCCUCAUCCCCCGUCCGAUCAUCUGUAUCAGCAAAUUCCUCGACCUCGUUGGCCUGGCCAACACCACGCAGUCAAUAUUGGGAAUAUCCGUCCCCUCGGUAAAAACACCACAGUUAAGCAAGACAGGAAACUCCUUUUUCUUGAACUUCUCCAGCGUUUCUGCCCGCUCCUUGGCCGGGGUGUCGCCGAAUACAUACCUGGCAUCAAUCCCGUGAUGCCGAAACCGUUCCGUCAAAGCCGCCACAUGGCUCAGAUCAACGCAAAAGACCAGCGUGGACUGUCUCUUUGGUGGUGCGGCUUUUGCAAACCAGGCUCGAACGACAAUGUCGUUUAGCUGGGGGGAGUUGACGGCUCUUGACAACGAGGCGGUUUCGAACUCGCCUGUCCCACCCGCACCCUUGGUUCGGACGCCGGAGAGGUCGGCUCUGGACUCGACGGUGGUGAAGACGACUUCGGAAAGCCACUUGUCCGCAAUCAUGUCGAUGUAAUCCUUGUGGUAGACGAUCUCGUCGAUGGCCGCUCCUAGUUUUAGGCCGUCUGAGCGGGAAAAGGUGGCUGAUACGCCGACCAGAGUGGGGGACUCGGGUUGCUUUUGCCGGAGGUUCAUGUGCUCCAAGAUCUUGAGAUAGCCUGGAGCGACGAUGUGGUGUGCUUCAUCGACGAGGACAAGUUUGUAGUUUGAGGGGUCGAACUUCAGGAGACGGUCUUUGGACAGGAUGGAUUGCAUGCUGGCGACGGUGAUGUCGGCAAAGCCGGUUGCUUGGAGGUUUCCGAGCUCGACUUCGACGGUCUUGUUUGGGUAGGCUGACUGGCAGUGGCGGGCGGCUUGCUCGACUAGUUCUCGCCUGUGGGCGAGGAUGAGGGUGCGGGUUGCUUGGGGGUUUGGGGGUGUGACGCGGUCGAUGAGGUGGGUGAAGAUGACUGUUUUGCCGGCGCCGGUGGCGAGGGAGAUGCCGAGGCGUUUGUGGCCUUGGGUUAUGGAGGUCAGGACUGCUUGGAUGCAUUCUUCUUGGUAGGCGCGGAGUUGGAUGGGGGUUGGUGGUGAUUCUUGUGAGAGACGGGUGGUGGUUGUGGUGAAGGGGCGGGAGGGCCAGAGUUGGAAGGAGGUGGUUGGGUCUUUGGGGGAUUCUUUGAGACGGAGGGCGGUUUUGAUGAGCCGCUUCAUGAUGGUUAUGGUGAGCUAGAGUGAGUGAGUGAGUAAAUCUCGUGGACGGUGGGUGUCUGCAGCAUCACCGAUGAGAUUUGGGUUUCGACCGAGUUUUCCUCACCAAUACAUCAACAAACUCAUGUUUCCAGGCGACCUGAUCGAUUUUAUCUGUAUUAAAUUGAUCGAGGAACUAAAGUCACUGCUCAUCACUCAAAACGAACGGUCUCCUCAAGUUAACAUGGACAUCGAGGACGGGUCAGAUGGCCAAAGUCCCAAUACUGGACCACGCUCCCGCCGGAUAUCUAUGCCAAUCAGAUCUUCGGGGGUAGACCCAGCACUUAUCGAUCCGGAGAUUUUAGGUUCCGACUGCGAGCGGGAGGAGCCCGAGCUCAAUGAGUUUGAUGAUGCGGAAGAGCGCGAGUAUGCCCCGUCAGAUGCCUCCUCCGAGUACACUGCCCGGCCUGGUUCGGAUGACGAAAAUGACAUCGAUUCACCGCCAGACUACGACCUACCCGCGGAGCAACCACCCCAAUCCAAUCCAAAAAAACGUUCUCUCAGCACCACCUCCCCCCGCCCUCUCAAACGCCGCAAACCACCACCCCCCUUCCGCCCCGCCUAUCUCGACCUCCUGAACGAAGACAUCGUCUCCGCCUCCACCAAAUUCCUCCCACCACCCCCCUCCUUCCCCCCCCUAUCCGACUCCCAACACGGCCUCGCAUACUGGACCGAAACCGAAAAGAUCCUCCUCUUCGAAUCCCUCUCCCGCCUCGGCCCCUCCAACCCCCUCGCCAUAUCCCAACGCCUCAAAACAAAAUCCGAACUCGAAGUCUCAGCCUACAUCUCCCUCCUCAAAUCUUCGGCCGGUGGUUCAGACCCAAUCCCCGUAUCCGACAUCCCUUCCGCAGUGGAACUCUCCCCAGCCCUCUGCCUAGCCCUCGAAGACGCCUCCGACGCCGUAGCAACAAAACAACUCACCCACGAACGGACCCUUGAAUCUAACAAAUGGGGCCCAGCACACUGGCUCAUCACGCCCCAAAACAUCGAAGAGAUCGAACGUGAUCCCGACCCCAAAAUGCUCUUCCACCCGCUUUUUCGUCUGCGGACUUGGCUCAAGCUCUCGGAGCGGGUGUUUAUGAACUCGAGGGUGGAAGACUAUAACUACCGCACUUUUCUGCCGGAGAAGGGACAAAAACCGGGGAUUCGUGCUACUGCGCUUGAGGAUUUUUAUUCUUUGGUCGUCUCCCUCACGCGAAGAUUGGUGGCGACGUCUAUUUUCAUGGCAGAGGAGAGGAUAGACCAAAAGAGGAAGAGUGCUUAUCCCGAGAUUAGCAGGCGGGUUUGGAAAGGGGAUGUGAAGGCUGCGCUGCUGGCGGUGAAUAUGCCUAGUCCGGCCAGGAAGGAAAGGGAGAAGUUUUGGGGAGAGGCUGCGAGGAGGCUGAGGUUGAAUGUUGUGGACGAUAGUGCCCAGGACGGGAAGGUGAGGAUGGGGUGGGAUCAGGUGGAGGAGGUGUUGGGGGUUCGGACGACGGGUGGUGGUGGUCCCGGUACCGCUGCUUCAGCGCCAGAGGGAGGAGAUGAUGACGAGGGGUCGGGAUAUGAGGAAGCCGAGCAAUAUGAGAAUGAGAGCGAGUACUCGUUUGUGAUUGAUGGCUUGGCUGAGAAGCUGCCUGUGUUGGAGGAGGUGGAAGAGGCGGUCAGGUUUAGUGCGUUGGAGUACCCUGAUAGCAAGCAGGCGAGGAAGACCUUGAGGGACAGGAUUAGGAAUGAGAAGGAGAGGGAGGGUUACGCAGACAAGCUUGAUAUGAGCGCGUCGCGGGUGGAGGAGAAGAGGUUGUGGGAGUUGCUGGGCCAGAAGCCGCCUGAGGGGAUGGCACCGCUGGAGGAACCGGUGAGGCCGGCGGCCAGUAAAGGAAAAAUAAAGACUGUGGCGGAGCUGAUUGGGGGUUUUGAUAGGGGUUUGAAGACAGAGGGGGAGGUGCCGAGCAAUUGGGAGAUGGAGUAUGUCUUGUUGAAGCAAGCAGAGAGGGAAAAGGAGAAGGCCGGGCGGGAGAGGUUGAGGGAGCUGAACAAGCACGGGGAUGAUGAUGAAUGAUGUUGUGGGUCAUCUUUCCACCACCUUGACUGGCAUCAUCAAUCCAUUUCAGAGUCUCAACCACAGAGCUUGUGAACCUAUGUGUUUGACAGGCUGCAUCAGCCCAUUCAAGAGUCUCCUACAAAACAUGUGCCUUUACCUCUAAAUCACUCCCCACCCCUAAAAACCUCAUCAAUCCUCCUCUUCCUAUCCCAAACAACCUUAUCAUCACUCUUCCUCCUGAAAUACAGAAUCCGAUGCUGCGGGAUAAACUCCUCAUCCGUCUGCUCAGUCUUCCAAUCAUCGAGUUCCUUCUCCUGCGCCCCCAAGAACCGAUCCUCAUACCCCACCACAAAAUCCCCCGACUCCAUCCUCGGAUCCCACCUCAACCGGUUCAUCACAUCAAUCGCGCUCCUCAGCUUCCCCUCUCUCGUCACAAUAACAUACUCCUUCUUCUUUCCCUUCUUCUUCCUCCCCUUCUUCUCAACCUCAUAAUCCUCCUCGCCGUCAUCCCCCCUCUCUUCCAAUUCCUCCUCACCAUCCUCCUCCUCUUCCGUCUCCUCCUCCCCGGCGUUCCCCUCCCCCCAGUCCCUCACAUCCAACACCAACUCCGGAAGCGAGGUCUGGUUAACCAGAGAGGCAGACAUCCACCGAUUCUGCGGAUUAAAAUACUUCUCAUCCCCCCUGAUCUGCCCCUCAAACCUCGGCAGCACACCCCGCAACUGCCCCAGCGCGUUCAGCAGCUCGCUCUUCCCCAAGCCCUCCGACGCCUUGUCCAGUCCAAUGAGAUAACACCCCCUGUACGACCCGCCAUCCUCUGUCAGAUCAGCCGCCUCGACAAACCUCGCUGGCCAGAUCCUCGCGUGGAGGGAGGGACACUUCCUUCCUAUGUCUACCAAUAAAAGCGCACAGCGGGACUCGAACCACCCGAGAAAAGAGGCUCCUUUUGUGGGCGACAAGCCCCAGUAGGAGAUAUCGAGCUUGAUAUAGGUUUUGAACUGUGUUAAAAACGUCGUUGCGGGAGCCGAGAGAAAGGAUGACCAGGAUGGGGAGGAAGAAAGGGCGGAAGCGGCAAGGGAGAAUUCCCUUUGGAGGGUCAGGACGGAGGGGAGGGUGGCGGCGGAGGCUGUGUUAAGGCCGGGAGGGAAGUACCCCAGGAUGGCGAGGGGUUCGCGGUAGGAGCGUGUAUAUUGCGGUACUGAGGUGUGAAAGCUUGGGUCGAAGACUAGAUUGGUGGCAAAGUCAAAGGCGGAGUAAUGGGUGAAGAAAGAGGUGAUCAAAUCCUCGACGGAAGGUUUGAAUUUGGCAAGAAGCUUCUGCACGCGAACGAGGAGGAUGGCGACUUGGAUUCCCGAUAGGUACCCAAAGCGGGCGGAGUAGACACCACGGGAUCUAGCCCAGGUUUUGAUGAAGCGGUGGGCUAGGCGGAAAGAGACAAGAUCAGGGAGGGAACGGCGGAGGUAAUCAAUGUCGCGGAUGGCUUUGAGCUUGUUGAGGGUCUGCGGGGCGAGGGACCAGACGGGAUCUUUGGCUGGGAGCCGGAGGACGUUGGGCCACUGUUGAGCAACGGAGGCGGCCGGGCAGUAUUGGAGGUCCAUUCUGACGCCUUGGACUUUGAGCUCGAGCAUGGUGCCUGUGUUGGCUUUGACUCGGCGGAGAAUGCGGACACCCUGGGUGGCGGCUUUUCGGAGGCAUGAGGAGGCAACGGAGAAGAAGGUGUUGGAGCUGAAGGGGCCGAUGCAGCAGACGUCGAUGUCGGAUGAGGUUGUCCAUACUCCGAGAGCGUAUGAGCCCACGGGAACGACGACUACAGAAGAUUGGAGUCUGGCGGCAGCGGGGGUCUUGGUGGUGGCGUCGAGAAGGAGAGUUUUGAGCAGCUCAAAAGCCUCUCUUCUCUGGGCAGCUUCCUCCUCGCCGGGGGUAACAUUCAGCUCGGAGAGACAAGCCUUGAUACCGCCAGCCCCCGAGAGUGCCUUUGGCGCCUUCUCAAGAUAAGCAGGCACAACAAGCGGGUUUUCUGGCUCCUGUUCCUGUUGCAUUUCCUCUUUCUCGUCAUCUCCAAACCCUCCCAUGCUGAGCACAGCCCGGAUCCCCCAGUGGUCACUGGCGAAGGACUCCUCGACAGCAUCUCCAACAUGGCCCUUUUCCUGACCAAACAUGUUGAACUCCUUCACAUCGAGAAAAUCCUCGCCGCGAACAAGAAUCCGGUCAUAUCGCUGUGGCCAGAUAUUUCCACCACUCAAAGUCGCCGCAACACCAUUGACAGGCGGAUCCCAUGUUGCACCACCAUCCUUGUCCUCAGCAGUAACCUCCCAGGCAUCCACCAAGCCGGCGUCCUUGAAAAUAGUGUCCAAUCCUUUCCACUGCUCAACCGUAACGUCCGAAACAUUCUUCUUCUCCAGCGCCUCCUGAAUGGCCUCUUUCGAAGUAGCAAUAUUCCAAUCCCCAGCCAGCACCCAAGGACACCCCCCAUAAUUCUCCUCCAAAUAGCCAAUCAACCUCUUGAUAUCCCCCUUCUUCGAUGCCACCGCCCCAUCACUAAGUCCAUGACUGAGAUGAACCACCGCCAGCACAACCGGCUUGAACUCAUCCCCCUGCCACUUUCCCACAUAUCGAAACCUAACCACCAAAGCACCCUUGUGCUUCCUCUGGAAAGAAACAGAUUCCCAGUCAAAUGCGACCUUGCUCAAGACAACCAUAUUGAGAAAAUUCGGCAGCGGCCCCAUACCCGGCUGAUCAGGUGGUCCGUGAGAGCAAUACGGAUACCGAUUCGAGACUCUCUCAUCACUGAGCAGAAACGACAGGAACCCAUCCGUGACCUCCUGCAAGACCAGCGCGUCCGCGUCGGCCUUGUCGUCGAGAAUGUUGUUCACAAGGAGGGGAUACCGGUCCUCUUUUUGUGGGUACUCAAACUCAGCGAGAACGUUAUAACUCGCCACCGUCAACGUCUUUCUCCCUUGCCCUUCGUCGCUGUCAUCUCGAUCAUAGUCCCCCUCCUGAGCAACCCCCCAAAUCCGCAUCUCCUCAUCCCAGUACACCGUCCUCCCGCUCAUCAGCUCAUCUCUAUACCCCUUCUCUUCCCUCGUCUCUCCCAAAAACCUCUGAUCAAACCCCCUCGUCUCUUCCAAAACCGUCACUUUCCCAUCAUGCACCCCCACCGUCCCCCAAAGUCUCAUCUUCCCAUUUUCCCUCCUCAAAAUCACCAGUUCUUCCACUCUGAAAUAAAACCCCGACAUCAGACCCAACUUUCCCAUCAAAUUCUCCCACUCCUUCCCCCCUACCUCGCCCGCAGCCUGGCCCAUGGUCAAAUGCAUCUUAAAGGGUCGAUCAUCCUUCCCCUCUACCCCCCGUUUCUUAAAUCCACUGACAAGAUCAUGAACAAGGUCUCUGAGCUGUUCACGCUGGUCUUGGUAGGGGGAAGUGAGGAAACAGACACUUUCGUUGCGGCGGGGAAAGUGUCCUGGCUGAGUGAGUGCAAU